AUGCGGCUGCGGAGCGGAGCAGCAUCAGAGGAGGCAGGCAGGGAUAAUGUGGCCCCGAACUGGCUCCGGCAGAACAACAUCAGCUCCAGCUACGGCAACCACAGCCAUCAAAGUAGGCCAAAGCGUAAAGAGGCACCAGGCCACGGGAGCAGCUUCAACACCAGCAGAGGCAAUAACACCAGUGUGAUGUCUGAGAGGAGCGGCAGGGCACCGAGCUGGAGCCCGGAGGAGGACGGGCCGUCCCCGGUGUGCGCCUACCGAGUGAUCGAGGGGGGCAUCGGGGGGCAGCUGUGCUUUCGACGCACGCUGUUUGGGUACAAGUGCCAUGUGGCGGACUGCAGGACAGCGGUGUCUGUGGGCAGCCUGGUGGCAAACAUCCUCAUCAAUGGCAGUGUACUGUUACAGUGGACCCACGAGGGACAGUCCACGGUGCCCGACGAUGGAACGACUAAAGAGAGCGCAGCUGCUCGGACGCGCAGCGACGAUCCGGGGACGAAUUCAACGAACGAGGAACCUCUCCGGUCAAACACUGUUUUCGGCGGCCGGCGGCACCGACGCGGAGGCUACGAGCUGAGCUGCUGGUGGAACGGCAGCUACACUCAGUUCGAGUGCGCCGGUGUCCAUCUUGGAUCGGGCUGCAGGGACUUUCUGCUGGCCGAGCUGCAUGAGAACAUCCCGUACCGCAUCUGCCUGCGCUCCCUGGGCCGCUCCGAGCCGGCCAAGAGAGCGGAGCAGCGGCGGGACUGCGUGGAGUUCACGCUGCCGCCGUCUGGGAUGCAGGACAUCGUGAUCGCCAUGACAACGGUGGGGGGAGCUAUCUGCGUGAUGCUGGUCAUCAUUUGUCUGCUGGUGGCGUAUAUCACAGAGAACAUCAUGAGCCCCACGACGCAGCACGCUUACUCCUACCGCACUCACUCCCGGCACUGA